UUUUGAUCCGCCGAUCGGAUCUCUCGUUUCCUGUCCUUCAUUUUGCACACCAGAAAGACGCUACUACUAAUCGGCUUAGCUUCGAGCGUAAAGCUAUUAUAAUUAUCUGUUUUUUUGUGUCGUUGUGUAUUUUUUUUUGUUUUUGCGUGUUAAUUGUACUGUGUUUUACUGUUCCUGUUCAUUAUGUCUUCUGCCAAAUCUAAAGCGAUCGGUUUGACCAUCGGAGAUUCCAGCACAUCGCGCCCUUCGCCCAUAAUACAAAAGAUCUCCCCAACCGGUAGCUGCACCGAGGACGUUUCGUUUGAGGCAUACAAGCAGCCGAAAAACCGAUCCAAACGGCGCAGCUUCUCGCCGAUGGUGCAUCAGGCACGGAUACCAUCGCCGGAACUGUCACCGAUCGAGCUAAGCCAACCGUUCGGCAUAUCGCCUCAUUGUAAUACACCGAAAGACACGGAACGUUUGAGUGUGGCGGGCAAAACGCAUCUAUUAGCUAAACAUAUCAUAACACAAAAGAAGCGUUCGCCACAGGAGAACGAAGCAUACGCCGUGACACCGUUGGCCAAGCGUGAGCUCGAACAUCGCAUCUGCGUUUCCAACAUACUGAAGGAUAUGAAUCUGUCGAAGUAUAUACGCAUCUUCACCAAGGAGGAAAUCAACUUUGACGUGUUUCUAACGCUAUGCGAGAAGGAUCUGCACGAUAUCGGCAUCCACUGUCAGCAGGACAUCGAGAAGAUACUGGCCAAAAUUGCCGACUACAACAUGGGCGUGGAGGGCUAAUCGUGUGUGUGUAAAAUUCCCUGCUGGCCAUGGUUCACGAUGCGGGAGAAGGAUCCCAUACAUAUAGGUUGUUAAUAUCAUUUUUAGAGGAUAAUAUUUAAGUGUUUCGUGUACGUAUGUGAUUUUAAUAAAAUGAUUCUUGAAGA